UGUGUCGCGGGCGUUGGUCGGUAUCAGUCGGUACUGCGAUUGGGGUGUGGUGCUGAGCUGCGUGAGAAAACUUUUCAACUCCACUUUCAUCUGGCUGCUCUUAACCGAUGAAGAGGACAGCUCAUGCUUUAUGCAUAAAUGCUUUCAGCAGUGAAACUUAGUAGUGCAUUAAAUACUGGUGACGGUCUGACAUUGGUCACUUGAGGAUGGAUCACCCUGGAGGUGCGAGCCAUUAUGAUGAAGAUCUCAUUGAAAAUCCUUUCUUCAAGGACUUGUGCAUUAGGUUUCCUGAUGCGUACAGCAAGGCUGUAUCUGAUGGCUGGGUCAUCUGCAUCCCUCGCUCAGGCAGCUACAAGGCUGUGGACCUAACUGACAGUGACAUCCUGUCACACAUUCUUGUGCCUGAUAGUGAUGACCACAGCUCAUUUCACACCAUCACCAACAAGCAUGUGAAGAAGAAGAACAAUGCAUACAUCCUGGAGGAAGACGGGGCCAUCCAUGAACAGAGUGUUCACAUUCUCUUCACUGAGACAUGCUACUCAGAGGAGCUCAAGAAGCAUGAUAUCUGCUGUCUGGAGCGGCCACUUUGCACGUCCGGCAGCCCCUACUACCAGGUGCGAGCUGAACUGCAGACUCUGAGUGGGAUGCAUGACUGCCUGAGCUUCCUCUGGUCUGUGGGGAACGGACACAGUGCAGUCAAUGCUGUGAACAGGUGCUGCGGAAUGUUUGUGGAAAACCACCCAAAUCUGAAGGUUCUGAGCCUUCAGCAGCUAUGGGAGAAGGUUGGUCAGCUGUACUCAAAAGCACUCAAAGUUUUCUGCGAGAAGGGUCAUAUUGUGGACCAGUUAAAGGAAGAUUUUCACUUUGCUGAAUCUGUGAAACUGGCUCUUGAAACAUAUGUCCUGUACCUGCUGUAUCAGAAGUUGAUGGAAUGCCUGCUUGCCAUCACUGCUGUUGAUGAUGCCAAGCUGAACAAGACAAUUCAAAACCUCCAGGAGCUGCAGCCAUGCGACCUCGGCAUCAGGGCGGUGUACGAGCCGAGCCUCCAGUCUGCCAGACAGCAGAUGCAAAAACUGACCCGACAACACCACCCUCUCGGCAAGUUCCUCACUCUGAGGCGGGUCACUCGCGAGUUUGACCAGCAGCCUCCCAACGGAGACACCACCUCUACCUCCAGUGAAGAGCCUCCUCCUGGCACACAGCUGUCGUCAGACGACCUGCUACCCAUCUUCAUCUACCUGGUCCUCCACACGUCGAUCGCCAGCUGGACGGCUCAGCUGGUGCUGAUGAAGAUGUUCCACUUCUCGGCCAGCUCCUGCAACCAUGACCAGUACGGCUUCCUGGCGGCCACGCUCGAGGCAGCUCUGGAGCACAUCAAGUCGGGAGCUCUGGGAGACGAAGAGCCACUCCCAGAGGCUCUUGCCGACGAGGCUGCCGCGGCAGCCGCAGCUUCAUCUCACGAAAGCACGACGGAAUCGUCUUCAGAAAGCACCUCUGCGUCGGGACCUUCGGAUACUCAGGCUGAGGGUGCGGGCACCGCGAACUCGCCGCCCACCGGCGCCGUGUCCGUCCCAGAGAUGUUUCAUCAGGUGGCGCGUGACGAUGCCGAAGGACUAGCUGCCAUCCUCGACUCCCGUCCCGAGUCGGAGCCCCCGGCGCGGCCUCUCUGCCACCCUCUGUGCACCUGCUCUGAGUGUCGUCUCGCACAGCAGCGGCGCGCCGGCGUGGCGCCGACAGUCGCCUCCACGGACGGCGCCGGACGCACCGCUCUCCACCUGGCUGCCUCUCACAGCUCUGUGCGCUGUAUUGAGCUCCUGACCUCCCGUGGUGCCGUGCUGGACGCUCGGGACCUCUCCGGAGCCACACCGCUGCACUGCGCGGCGGCGCGCGGUCACCAGGGAGCCGCACUGCUUCUGUUACACCUUGGAGCGUCUGCCGGUCGGCGAGACGCGCGAGGCAAUACGGCGCUUCAUCUGGCAGUGAAUAACGGUCAUCGGGGUGCGGCGCAGGCGCUGCUCUACCACGCGGAACAGACGGGAGCGCCGGCUGGUGUGAACGCGCUCAAUGCUGACGGGGACGCGCCGCUUCACCUGGCCUCCCGCUGGGGCUACGGUGAUGUGGCGCUCCUGCUAGCAGCUCACGGUGCGGCGAGAGAUGUGGUGAACCAUCGGGGUCUCACCCCACUCGACGUGGCACACGAUCAUGUUCUCCGCCGACAUCUAGUGGAUGCGUGUGAUCGGUUCCGGCGUAACGCACCAAAGCGACUGGUGCGAUUGCGCGGGGCCGAGCCGAUGCGGCCGCUGUCUGCGGUUACCUCUCCGCCUGCGGGCCGCGCGGUGCGUCGCCUCUUCGCCGCUAUAGCCGCGUGUGACGAGCGGCUAGCCUGCUUCCAUCUGGGACUGACCGCCGGCAGCGAUGGCUCGGCUCUGUGCCAUCCUCUGUGCGCGUGUUCGCGGUGUGCCCCGUUAGCAGCCCAGCGCAGCGCGGCACCCGUGCCCAUAUCAUGCCAGGACUCAUCAGGAAGGACGCCUCUCCACGCAGCCGCCUCUGCUAAACUUCCCGACCUGACACGACUCCUCCUAGACAGCGGCGCUGACCCAAACGCCGCCGCCACGGACGGCUCAACACCUCUCCACUGCGCCUGCGCCGCUGAGUUCGUACCAGGAGCUGCUGAGCUGAUCGCUCGCGGUGCUGACGUGUGCUGUGCUGAUACUGCUGGAAGAACGGCUCUGCAUGUGGCUGCUGGCCGAAGGAACGCUGACCUGUGCCGGCGACUGCUGAGGGCUGGUGCGGACAGGACGGCCCGCUGCGCGCGGGGUCUGACUCCGCUCGAUCACGCUGGGAAGGGCAGACAGGUCCUCAGUAGAGUGUUUGUGGAAAUGGCCGGAAAGGCGGCAGCUGAGGAUGAGUGAGGGAGAGGGGAGAGAGUGAGAGGGACGGGAGCAUUCCGGAGGGAGUGGAAUGUGGAUUUUCGAACCUCUCGAUGAUUGUUUAGCGUUGAUUGUGGAGGAAUUGUGUAAUAAUCGCGGAGCCUUGCGUAAUACUCUACUUGGGUAUUUCAAUAUUAAUUAUAGAUCACCAGACUCUAGAUGUGCUGUUGUUUAAAUGUACACAGAAGUGCGUGUGAAACGCGUGUCAUGUAGUCAGCUCAUUUAAUCAAAAGCGUAACUCCUAGGUGCUUUGAUUUUCAUAGUCGAAUAGAAAUGCCCACUCUCGCGGAUGUGUUGAUAUUUUGUUUGUUUUUCAUCCUAUUCGUACGGAAAGGAAACGACCCUGCCUUAAUAUGACUGGGAUUGCAGUUGGUCCUAGGUACCAAUAAGCUCGAGAUUGUUACGGAAUUAAUAUGUACAAAUGAUACGUGCCACAAAUCCAAUUUGUUAUCGGUUCCGUUGACUACAUUACGGGCCUUUUGGCAUUCUUGUGUCGAAUGUCGUGAUGUUACGUUGUGUAUCACAUGCUUGCACGGAGGGCGCACCAUAUCAGCGCCAUACCUGCGGUUCAUCAUACUCAAAAUAACAAAUUUGUAUCGGCUCUGUCAUAAUUCUUUUUAGGUGUUAUUGCUUUGCAGCGUUAUUAGGCUAAUGUUUCCAUCUUUCGAUGUAGUGGAUGCAAAUGUAGCUUGUCCCUGUAUCUUUGAGUUUGCUGCGGUACCUAUGUUACUACAAUGUUUGUAGAUACUGGGUAAUAACUGUAUUUGCUGCAAUAUGUUAAAUGAUUUCUUGCCACUUACGUGAUGUUCUUUGACAUUUGUGCCAUUUGCAUUAAUCGUUGCUUGAACAGCUGCCCAUAGGCGUGGCAUUAAGUGUAGUAACUUCGUUAGUCAGCUGAAUUGAACACACGAGGUGAAUGUUGAACUAAUGUAUUCUACACACUGGUCAUUUUGUGACCCCACACUUUGGUGAAACUGACAUACGGCCAGCUGUGGUGCCUUUUGGUUCUAUUAGGAGCAAUGACGAGUGACCCGUCAGCUUCGUUAUUUACAAACCCUUAUAUCUUUGGGUCUUGUAUCUGCGAUUUUUCUGUCAUGUAAUGUUUUCAUGAAGUUUUUCACUCACGUUACAUUCUAAUCUGGGCUGUGAAUUUCGUCUUUUUGGGUGCUGUACCACACGUUAUGUGCUUGGAAUGUAUUUUCGCACGCUUGCUAGAAGGCUGCUAGAAGGCUGGAAGGCCUUUGGCUUUAUCUCUGUUAUUCGCCAGUCACAAUGUGCUGACAGUCCUCGCCUUUUUUCGAGUUGUGUGGUUGAAUGGAACUUCGUUGUUAAUAACUUCGCUCGUUGCAAAUUGAACGUGAACUCUGAUUUCAGAUGCCCUUACUAUGUGUAAUAUUCCCUUAGUAACGAGUCAGACGUUUUAUGUGCUCCCAUGGUACUCGUGCUAUGAAUGAAUAAACAACUUCAUACCUAUCCA